AUGACAAAUGUUGGAUUUUAUUCAAACAAGGCACACGUCGGUGGAGCAAUUUAUUUCCAUGGCAACGCACUCAACUGUAUCAACUGUACCUUUAUUGGUAACACGGCAAAAGAUAAAGCUGGUGCAAUUCUAGCCACGGGCUCAUCCUCCUCUUUCACCAAGUCAAGAAUAACAUGCAAUUCCAACACUGAUAUUGUAUUGGAGAACUCUGCCGAUGUUGUAUUCCGUCAAACCAAUAUCACCGGUGCCGGUGUAUCGUGCAGCUCGUCGAACCAGGCUCUUCUUUCGGCUAGUGGUCUCUGGACUGACAUGGUUUCAGUAUGCAACAAAGUCCCCAGCUGUCCCUCCGUCCCUGCCAUUCCAAGUGCUACCGAUAUCGUUCCCCCAGCAACAACUCCAAGCGGACCCUCUAAAACCAAGUGUAACUCAAACGGAAUCUGUGAGUCGCAAGAGUCAUGUCUUACCUGUCCGUCCGACUGUAAAUCUUGUCAAUUCAAUGGCGCCAAGUGGGUAAUGUACUCCAAUUGCCCCUUCCUCGAAACCACUGGCAAAACCAUUCCCAGUCACUCAUGUGUCGUGGAUGGAUUCCCUUCUCCACUUCGUGAACUCAGUUUUACCAAUUACAAUAGCCCAACAAGUAGUUUUGGUAAUAUCCUAACCUAUUUCAAGGUUGAAACCGACUCUUUCUAUAGAUUUGUUAUUAAUGGAAGAAAUGUUGGAGUUGUUCUUUCAAUCAAUCACCAAGUCAAAAUCGAUGCUAGUUUUAUCACUGAAAACAUGACCCAAGUUCACGAGAUGAGAGUCGUACCAAGCGUUGUCAACAUUCUUAAACUAGAUAUUUUGACCCCAGCAUCCUCUUUUUCCGAUUUGGAAAUCAAGGUACUUGACAAGAGUGGUAAAAAUGUUUUUGAACCUUUCUUUUCUUUAAAUGUAUGCAAUGAUGGUAUUAAAGAUUCUGAUGAAGAAAAUACUUGCCCUUUGAAAGAAAAACUAUCGUCUACAAUCAAUCCAAUUUGUGGUGAUGGUGUUUGUAAUGAACAACCAGAAAGCUGCAUUCAAGAUUGCUAUGCCUACCUUGGUACUAGAUGCAGUUCUCAAAUAGAGCCAAUUUCAAAUGAUUUUCCACGUUUGGAUUCUGUAGGGUACCUCAUCAACAAUCAAUACACCUAUUCUUUACCAGGUCUGUCGCAUCUUUCCCACGGUAUCGACAUCAAAACGGGUGAAGAAUUGCCAACAAUCAUAUUUGAUUUCGGGUAUUGCCCCAAUGCUACAUUUACAACUAUCCAGGAUUUCAAUAGAAAUAAAGUAUAUAGUAUUCCACUAGAGUUCUAUGCCGAUAUGUCGCCAAAGUGUUCAUAUGAUUCCCAAUCGCGUAUUUUUGAUACAUCAUCGAUGUUGCAAAGAGAAUUUGCCAAGGAAACCGAAAUGAGUGCCUCUUUUGCUGCAAGUGGUAAAGCCGGUGGGUACAGUGCCUCUGUUACCGCUGCCUACAGUCAGUCUGAAUCUACGAAGCAGUCGAAAACCCUGCAACAAGAAAACGGAGGAAAGACCAUAUCUACCAAAUACAAAUGUUACAUCUCCAAUGUAGCCAGAAAUGCCAUUCGUUUCCACACCAAUUUCGUACAAGCCUUGUCCAAAGUAUUCACCCUUUCCGACAUGUAUUCCUUUGUCGAAAAGUUUGGUUCUUUCUACUACAAGGCUGCUCAAUUGGGCGGAUCCCUCGAAGUAAUUACCAACGUUGUCACCUCAAAGCUCGAAAACAAAGAUGAAUCAGAACUGUCCAAGUGUGCCCAAAUCUCAACGUCUGUUGAUAUCUCCACACCCUAUGGUGGAGGUGGUGCUUCGUACCAAGGAAGUAACGAGAACUCUGUCUCUCAAAAGACCCAAUCAGCCUAUGAGGCUUCGUCAAUGAAAGGAAAACUGAUUGUCAAAGGUGGUGCUCCGGGAAGUUUUGGCCCAGAUAUCAAUGCCCCUUCAUCAUUUGGAGGAUGGGCUCUAACUGUUGAUACUCGUCCUGUGCCAGUUGACUUCAAGAUUGAUUUGCUCUACAACAUUAUUCCUGAAAACUGGGUUUUGCCAAAGAAUAUUUCAAUGUCUGACAUGUUGACUGGAGAAGCCAUUAAUGUUACAACCUACAAAGAACUCUGGUGGCAAUCAUAUAUAUCAUAUAUCAAAACUGGUGUUGAAAAAAAUACCAAUCCCCUGCUGGACAAGAUAAAUAUUAUUUUCAACUACGAGUCGUCAAAGCCCAAGAGUUUUACCCUUCAAGAAAAAUUCAUGCUCUCCAACUUGACCAUUGUCAUGUACAACCUUGUCAACAAGACUGUGGAUGACGGCUUGUUCAACGUGUCCCGCAUUAAUCUCGCCAUCAAUCACCAGUGCACUUCCGACGGAUGCCAACACUCUGUUAGAACUGACAUGCCUUUUGGUGAUUGGGAGAUCGGUUCAAUCUUUAUAUAUAGCUGGAACGUCACCACUCAAUCCUUGGUCCCCUUGAAUGCCACCCUGUACAUCGACCAGUUGAUCAUCCACAUGAACACCCAAAAGUACUCGCGUGGUUAUAUUUUCCAACCAAUAAUAUCUCCCAUUUAUGGAUACCCUCCAAUCAACUCUACCACCACCACCACCACCACCACCACCGCAUCAGAUGGAACCACUAUCACCGACAGUCCGACUGUCACCACUACCUCUACCACCACUGGAGGGGAUGGAUCUACCACGAGUGAUCCAACCACCACUACAGGCGGCUCAACAACCACUGGAGGAAGCGGAUCUACCGAACCCACUCCAUCGCCUACUCCAACCCCCGAGCCAAUCAUCAUUGGAUAUGACACUAUACAACCAAUUCCUGCAAUCUACCCAGACGUUGGGUACAUUAAAGUUAUUGGUAGUGUAAACUACGUGCCAAGCCCUAUCCAGAUUGGCAUAGUACCUUUGAUAUCUGUCAAUCUAAUCGGAUCUUUGGGAACCAAAAUGGUACAAGUAAAAGCCGACUCUGCAAGAACCCCACCAAACUAUUCCAAGGUGAGCCGUAUUGACCUGCCAUUCCAACCUGAACUGAUAUCCCAAGAUACUCCACUCACCGAAGCACAAGUCCUGUACCAAUUUGACACCUUUGUUAAAAGUUACCAAACCUCACUCGCUCCUACCAACAAAAUCCAAUCAUUCAGUCAAAAGUACCAAAGCUUCGUUGCCCAAAAGAUAAAUGAUAUUCAAGUUGCUUUGUCUCUAACCUCAACCCAUCUAGCGUUUUAUCAGAUUAGAACUACAAAAGUCCUUUUAACUUAUUUUCCUCUUUUUUUUAUUAAUAAUACCAGAAUGUGCGAUAGAAAUUCCGAUACCUAUGGAAGUUGUGUUCCUGAAGGCCAACCAAACACUCAUGGUUACAUUAAUUUGGUAACAACCAAUGGAUACAAAUCACAAGGUACCUCUAAAACACUAUUCAACUUUGCAACCUAUCCAUCUGAUUUGAUCAAUACUGGAAAUGGGGAAACCACUGCCUAA